CGCAUUGUAUCUAGCGAAGAUUAAAGUGAAACUGAGCUAAAUUAUUUAACGAAAGUGUCCUACUCAACGAGAUCAUUACGUCAUCUGUCGUCAUGGGAACCAGGUUCUUAUUUAUGACGUCAAUCGUAUUUUCUGGAUCGAUUUCGUACAUGAUGAUCGCUAUUCUAUUGCCAGCACACCGAAGCAGAUACACGCGCGACUACCUAAUGCUGGAUUACGUUGAAAUGAGGCCAAGAAACACAUAUAUAAAGGAGCCGUGGAGGUUACUACAGGGCAUCUGUUUUAACAAUGCCUGUGGCAAGCAAAAAGAAAGCAAUUGGACCUUGGUGACUUUUAUCAAAUCUAAAGCUGACAAUUUUAAACGAAGAGAGCUCAUGCGACGCACCUGGCCAUCCAUAAACUAUUUAAACGGGGGGCGAUUUGAGACAGUGUAUUUGAUGGGAAAGACGUAUGACCCGGCCACAACAGCGUUGCUGGAUGAAGAACAAGACAGAUAUGGUGAUAUCUUACAGUUUGAUGGACCAGACGAUUACGACAAUAUGCCACACAAGGUGUUAUCUGGUAUGGAGUGGGCGACUUUUAACUUGGACAAGGACUUCUUAUACGCAUCUGCUGACGAUGACUUUCUAGUAAACUUAGAAGUACUUGUAGAAAACGUUACCGCUAUUCUGAACCUCACGAAAUGGGAAGCAGUCAGAAAUGCAAGCAACUUGUACGACUAUCGAGAAAGAGUCCCUCUGAUGUGUAUGUUUGUGAAAGGAGACGCAGAGCAGCCUAUGCGGGUACGUGGGUUAAAAUGGUAUGUUUCAUAUGAUGAGUACAGACCGGUGCUGUAUCCACCCUACUGCCAUGGCGGGCUAUACGUAACUUCAGUUCCCGUAGCUACGAGGUUAUGGAACGAGUCCAGAACUGCUCCAAUGCUGCGCUUAGACGAUGUGUGGAUUACUGGGAUUUUAAGGCGGAGAAUGAAUUUUUCUGACGACUUGGUGUACCGUAUGCCUAAGCUAGCCAAGCACUUCGGUACUGUGAACGAAAGAGUCAUGAAAACUAUGAGUAAUGAAUGGGAAACUAUGUAUACUGGGUUUUCUAAUGAAUCUUUAUGUACGUGUGUGUUAUGACGCGUAAAGUGAUGAUUUUUUAAGCUGUCGGGGUGGCCUUUUCGCUAAAGGCCUACUGCGCGAAGCGAUAGAGAGCAUUGGAGCUUUUUACUGCAAAGAAAAGCAAUGUGUUGGGUGCAGUAUUGGGCAUAUAGUAGGUUGGGAUACGAUGAUACUUAUUCGAAUAUUUUGUGCCCCAUUUGGUAGCUUACAAAAAGUAUUUACAGAUUUAUAAAACCGUAGCCUCACGAGUAUGAUAUAGCGCUGUUAAUUGUUUAAAACACGAUGGAACAUUGUAUGCUAAUGGUGUCCAUCUUAAACCACAGUACUAUACUGGGAGCAUUAUUGAACUUUUAGUCGAUAUACUAAGUUAUACCUCUUGACUCCAUCUGUUUUAAAGCUUCAUGUUUUUGAUCGUUAUAAAGUGGUGCAAUUUCGUCUUGAUGUCUUCUUCUUAUUAUGUGCUAUCUUGCUAACAUUAGAUAAAUUAUGUCCGUUCUCGCAAGAUACACAUUGCUGCGUGUCGUUUUAUAGUAAAAUCGUAAAAACAAA